UGCUGGAGCUGCACAAGCGGCGGAAGGUGCUGAGCGAGCCCGAGGCCCGGUACUACCUGCGCCAGACCAUCCUGGGCUGCCAGUACCUGCACAACCACCGCGUCAUCCACCGCGAUCUCAAGCUGGGCAACCUCUUCCUCAACGACGACAUGGAGGUGAAGAUCGGUGACUUUGGUCUGGCCACCAAAGUGGAGUACGAUGGUGAGCGCAAAAAGACCUUGUGUGGGACCCCCAACUACAUUGCCCCAGAGGUGCUGGGCAAGAAGGGGCACAGCUUCGAGGUGGACAUCUGGUCCAUCGGCUGCAUCAUGUACACUCUGCUGGUGGGGAAGCCACCUUUUGAGACUUCUUGUCUAAAAGAUACGUACAUCCGGAUCAAGAAGAACGAGUACACCAUUCCCAAGCACAUCAACCCUGUAGCUGCUAACCUCAUCCAGAAGAUGCUGAGGUCUGACCCCGCCACACGCCCGACCAUCGACGAGUUGCUGAACGACGAGUUCUUCACGUCAGGGUACAUCCCCAGCCGCUUGCCCACCAGCUGUCUGACCAUAGCACCUCGGUUUUCACUUGCUCCCAGUGGUCUCGAACUGAACGGGCGAAAGCCACUGACUGCACUUAACAAAGGACCAGACAGCGCUGCCCUAGAGAACCUCCCUGAGAAGGAAGACGCAGCCGGGCUGCGAGAGCGGGAGAACGCUGUUGAGUGUCACUUAGCAGACUUGUUACAGCAGCUGACCGCGCUCAAUGCGGCCAAGCCCUCUGAGAGAGUGACAGUGAGACAAGAAGAAGCUGAAGACCCAGCCUGCAUCCCCAUCUUCUGGGUUAGCAAAUGGGUGGACUACUCAGAUAAAUAUGGUCUAGGCUACCAGCUGUGUGACAACAGCGUGGGAGUGCUCUUCAACGACUCCACUCGCCUUAUUAUGUACGACGACGGGGACAGCUUGCAGUACAUCGAGCAGAACAGCACCGAGUCCUACUUCACCGUGAGAUCCUACCCCUCUGCCUUGAACAAGAAGAUAACACUACUGAAAUAUUUCCGGAACUACAUGAGCGAGCACUUGCUGAAGGCGGGCGCUAACAUCACGCCGCGGGAAGGGGACGAGCUGGCCCGUCUGCCCUACCUCUACACGUGGUUCCGCACCCGCAGUGCCAUCAUCCUGCACCUCAGCAACGGCACCGUGCAGAUCAACUUCUUCCAGGACCACACCAAGCUGAUCUUGUGCCCCCUCAUGGCUGCCGUCACGUACAUAGAUGAGAAACGGGACUUCCGCACGUACAAGCUGAGCCUCAUUGAGGAGCACGGGUGCUACAAGGAGCUGGCCAGCCGGCUCCGCUACGCUCGCACCAUGGUGGAGAAGCUCCUCAACUCAAAGCCUGGCCCAGCCCGUGCGAAAUCCUCUGCUUAGGCCCUGUUCUUGAUGGACGCAGAGUCUGUGCCAAACUGUCCCAGCUGUGGAUGAGGGGGGCUGGUGGUGUCCCCGCUGGCGCCGUAACCCCCGUCACACGGCUGGGCUCCCGCUCCGAGGUAUGGUCUGGUUGCCACAGGAAGCCCCUGGUGCUGUGG